CUGCGAUCAUAGGAACAAAAGUCACCAAAGCUGCCGCGAUGGUGAAGAACAAGACAGAUUACGAGGAAGAUGGUGAGAUCAAUGGGGUCAAAACGAAGGCAAAGAAGAGGAAAGCGGUGAGAGAUGUCGAGGAGGCGGAGGAUGGCCGCGGCGAAGAUGACAACAGCAGGAAGACUGGGAAGAAGGAUGCGGCGGAACCGGAAACGGAACCCUGGGCCGGAGAGGAGGAGACUCCGGCGGAUCCGCCGGCGGAGGAGGACGCUAAGCCUAUAGGCCGUGUGGUUAGGGUUAGGGGAAAAGGCCGAAGCCGGAGGAAUCACUACGCUGCCUUCAAGUAUAAUGGAUUCCAAUUUGACCUAGAUGAUCCAGUGCUGAUAGUUCCUAAGGAGACAAAACAAAAACCUAGAGUUGCUAUUAUUAAGGAUAUUUAUAAGUCCCACAAAGGGAGCAUGAUGGUAGCUGGGCAGUGGUUUUAUCGACCUGAAGAGACAGAAAUUAGAACAGGUGCGAACUGGCCCUCACAUGAUUCAAGGGAACUGUUUUACAGCUUUUGCAUCAAUAAGAUUCCUGCAGAGUCCGUCAUGCACAGGUGUACGGUGCAUUUUAUCCCCUUAAAUAAACAGAUUCCAAUGCGCAGUCAACAUCCCGGUUUUUUUGUCCAAAGAAUUUAUGAUAAGGAGAAGAUGAAUCUUUUUAAGUUGUCUGAGAAUGACUAUGAAGAGAGCAGGCAGCAUGAGAUUGAUCUCCUUGUUCAGAAAACAUUUUCACGACUUGGAGAUCUUCCUGACAUUGAGUCCAAGGAUGCUGCUCUUGGGAAGGAAGACCAUUUGGCCGUGUCGACGAAAGAGUUAAAAGAGGGUAUGACAACAGAAGAAAUAAAGUCGGCAGCAGCCUGAUGAGGAAGAGCUCAAACAGCCUCAGUUUGGAUCCUGUGGGAGUACUUGGGACGCAUCAAGACAUGAAGUUUCCUCACACGGCAAGAAAUGCUAUACACUCCC